AUGGAGAGUCUCCCAUCAAUGGCACGCUGUAUCGAUAUUCGACCAUUGCGAUUGACUUUUUCGUUCAUUCCCCGUUUUCUCUCCAAGCUCAGCAUCCCAGACCGUGACAGCUGUGUGGCUAAAUAUGUUGGUAAGUACCAAAUAAAAGAAGCGGCACAGAGCUGGCUGCAUUCAGUGCGAGAUGCGGAGGAUGUGCUACAGCUUGCUCUCCAAAUCACUACACAAUUUUUCUUUUCUUCCGUUGAUUAUGGAGCUGAAGAGUUUCUUGGAGCGCUGUUGGAGAAUUUGCCUUUGCAGAAAAGGACAUUGGCAAUACAGAGCAUCAGCUACAUGCCUAAUGAGCUACGCGCUGCCCUUCUUCCAACUGAUGCUCUCAGCGGCUUGUAUUUUGCUGUACAACGAAUGGCUGAGGAAAUGCCUAUAGCUCGGUUCAGAAGCGAUGCUGUUUCCCUCAUCGAACAACUCUGCAGUUUUUCCUCGCUUUCUCCAUCCCGUCUUCUAUCGAACAUAUUUUUUCCCAUGAUGUCUACCUCAUGUAAGGCAAAGGCUGCGGCUGCUAUUGCGUCGCUGGUAAAUCACGAAAACUUCAAAAAUGAAGUUGCCGCAGAGCAUCAGCUACAUGCCUAA